GUGGGCGUAGCUCGUUUGCAGAGCAUAUAGCUUUGACCUCCAUCACCAAAUGAAGAAAUGGCUACACUUCUCCACAGUAUCACAGCACUGCAAUGGCGUGCCCUACCAAGAUGUGUACCACUUUCUGUUAUCUCACCGAGGAGCCAUGGGCAACCGUUGUGUGGAAGGUCCGGACAAUGUACAGCAAGAAGCCUCUCCAACAGAGUCACCAAAAGACUAGAGAAACUUGGCAUUGGCCCAGAUGGUAAGCCCCUCCCCACUCCCAACGUGAGGAAGGUAUUUCCUAAGAUGUACAAGUUGCUUAUGGUGAAUCAGGAUGGCUCCACCUACACCGUACGUCACAGGUACCCCCACCGUAUGGUCACCCUGCCACUGGACCUGUCCACUCUCACUCCAGAGCAGCUAGCUGAGAGGGAGAGAGUGAAACAAGCCGCCAAGAUACGAGUGUACGUUGAGGAGGAGAUUGAAGACGAUGAGUGGGAUCAGCAACACUACAAGAACCUGCUCUAGAUUUAGUGAACUUCUCGUUGGCUAUAUUUCUGUAAUUAUUUGUGCAGUACUUGUAUGUGCAAAAUCACUUCA